GUACCAGUCUCUCUCUCUCCAGUCUCCUCUAUCAGCCAAAAAAGCAUCUAUCGGACGUCGAAUUUCAAAAUCUAUAUUUACGAUUCAGUUUCGAAUUAAAUGAAGUUGAAGAUCAACAAAGCUUGCGAUCUCAAUUUAAUCUCUGUUCUUCCUCCUCAUACCAGGAGAUCGAACAUUAUGCAACAACCGAGGUCGCAACCAUCGCAGCAGUCGUUUUCUCAAGGAAUUUCGUCGCAGCAGAACGGAAUUUUCUCGCAAAUCUCUCAAAGCUCCAUCGACGACGUCCUCGCUGACAAUCAGAGAUUUGGGUCACAAGAGAAAGAUAAUUCAGUAAAAAGGCUUUCCUGCCUUGCCCCCAUAUCUUACCCUUGGGAAGAGAGCCAGAUGCCAAUCUCCAGAUCUUCUUCCAGUCUAACACGAAGAUGGAGCUCUGCUACUGCAUCAGAAAAUAAAUGUCAGCUAAAUGAUGAACUUGAACACAAAAUCACUAUGAUGGAAACUUCACUAAACAGGUCAGGAAUGAUCUUGGAGUCUGUUGAGGCUUAUAUCAUGCAAGUAAAUAAAGGAACAAAAGAGCUCUCUCUUGAAGUGGAAAGCAUACGCCAGAAGUCCAUUGCUCAUCAAGAUUCCCUCCAUCUGCUGAAUCGAGCACAAGAAGAAACCAGAGCUAGCCUGGAAUCAAUUAGUAAUCAACUGCGUACUAUUAUGCAACAAGUCAAGAUCCAAGAGAUUCUGUUGACAGUUAUGAGUUUACGAGAGCAGAUUAACACUAAUUAUCAGAAACAGAAUGACGAGCUUUCCAAAUGCUUAUCUGGAGAUCUGCAGGAAAUUCUGUGCAGCCUGAAGACACUAAAACCAAAUAAUAUGCCUCUUUCCAUUCUUCCGCCAAAGGUUACUGGUGCUAGCUCUUCGUCACAGAAGCCAUUCAUAAUGAGGUACUUAGAUCAAGUUUCUCUACCUCUGGAUUGUACUUACUUUGUUUCAGAUUAUAUGUACGGAUCAAAGGGGCACAUGAAGCAUCAAACACUGUUUUCUGGGUUAAUUGCUAGAUAACCAAACAUGCAUUGCAAUAAAUCUAAUGACAGAAGUCACAUAAUAGCUUAUUUAUCAUAGUUUUCUGAAAUGUUACAUUAUCUCUGCAUGAUCACCUGCAAAUGUUUUUAUAUUUGUU